AUGAUUUUUCCUGUUGUAGUUAGUAGUCUUGCUAGUCUUCUAUUAUUGAGUCGUGUUGUAUGGCAAAAACGUCGCAUGCAACAACGUCAAAUGUGGAAAAAAAAUCGACGCCUUCUCAUACAAUUAUUAUAUAUUGUAAUAUUGUACAAUCUUGUCUGGCUGCCUAUGAUCAUUUGUUGGUUAAUUAUUAUUUUGUCUCCAGUUCCACAACCUUUCUUGGUCGAAUUGAGCAUCAAUAUUUUACCAUAUGGUAUUUAUAUUGUGAUUUUGCUAUGUCCUUUUGUUUCAUUAAUUAGUUUACCUGAACUAUGGCCUCGACACGAUCCAAGGAUUGUUCCAUUAACAAGAGUUGGAAAUUCAUUACGACCUAUCGCACCAUUAACAAUCAUAGAUGUCAAUGCUUCAACUAGAGCAAUCUGA